AUGUGGUCCUGGGACACCCAGCCGAAUUCGCAUGCGCAAUGCAAGUUUAUCGAACUUAUAUUCGAUCGAACUGGAAAGUAUCCCAACUGGGACCCGCCCUCGGAGAUCCCAGUUGGAUCGUACGGAAGGAUUGACAAAGCCACGGGCAAUCUGAUUACCCAAGGCUCCAUAUACUCAGAUGACUUCAAACAUUAUCUUAUCGAUGCAGGUAUCAACUUUGAGUCUGGCGAGCAUCUUCCCGAAGAAUGUCCAGAGGAAUCUGAAUUCACGACUUGGUCCAAAAACGUGAAACGAAUCGAAUCGAAUGUCGAUUCUCAAGCGGGUGUUCCUGAAAUUGCCACAGCUGCAAUCAAAGGGACAUGGCAAGUUAAGAAAGGCACCACUGGCGCUGUCUUGCUCAUGAGUAACCCUCGCAUAAAACGCAUUACUUCGGACGCCCUGGGGAAGCUCGCUCGUAUUCAGCUCCUUCAAUCCAUGCAUCUCGUUACCAAAGCCUUCUAUUGCCCUGCCUUCUCCAUGUACCUCUCAGAUACAAGCGGUGAAAGUUUCUCCAUAGCUCUUCUAGGUUCCGCGCCUCUUGUGGCGCCUGUGGACACCGUUAAUGCCAUGGCUACUACGAGAUGGUGGAGUGACACGCAAUCUGGAUUAACACGCAACGGAUGCAAGACAGAGCAUUGCUUCACCCCUUUAUAUGAACUUUUGCAUGUCAGGCACCCUCGUAACAGGCGAUCGUCGCCAUCCCCAGUACGCACAGGUGAAAUGUUAUGGAUAGCCCCUCCCGUCCCGUGGGCGCCUCUCCGUGAGGACGGCACAGAGGUGCCGGUAUAUAUCAACGAUAAUACGGAUUCCAGCGACUCUGAGCCGGAAUAAGGCUACAUCCACAGUAGCGAACAUUGGCAGCGCCUGUGGCGAGAUACACGAUGAGCUUGUAUCAUGUUGUAACAUUAUGACUUUCGUAUUGCCUGUACGAUACGCUUUCGAUGCCACUCUAUACCCUACGUAGUUUUUGCAACAAGAAAGAAAAUCAUAUGGGUCAGCAGUAUCUAUCUAAUUUGUACAAUGAG